UGUUUCUUCCAUUUAUUCGCUGCUCCUUCCUCUUCAUCGCGCGGUAGCGAAGGGUUUCAAAAGAGUAAUCUCAGAUUCUCAAAAGACUCUUCGCGGAUUGGAGCAAUUCUCAUAAUACAUGAAUAAUGUGUACAAACUCCAUUGUUGUAUAAUCAAAACUUGCAAGCAGCAUGAUCCUCGCUCUCUCCGUAGCCUCCUUCUUUCCUGUGCUGCUGCAGCUCCCGAAAGCUUAUCUCAUGCUCGCUAUGUAUUCUCUCGGAUUCCUUCUCCAGAUACCUUCGCUUACAACACCAUCAUACGAGCACAUUCUCAUUUUUUUCCUUCUCAUUCUUUGUCCUGUUUCUCUUCUAUGCGGUGCAAUGGCGUCCCCUGUGAUAAUUUCACAUUCCCAUUUGUUCUUAAGGCAUGUGCUCGAUUGCAAAUGGAUCUUCACUUGCAUUCCCUUAUUGUUAAAUAUGGUUUGGACUCUGAUAUUUUUGUGCAGAAUUCAUUGAUGAGUGUUUAUGGUUGCUGUGGGUCUGUUGAGAUUGCAGUCAAGGUGUUUGAUGAAAUGUCUGAGAGAGAUUCUGUUUCUUGGUCUACUAUUAUUGUUUCUUUUGUUAAUAAUGGCUAUGCAUCUGAGGCUUUGGCCUUGUUUAAGGCAAUGCAGCUGGAAGAUAAAGUAGUUCCUGAUGAGGUAACCAUGCUCAGUGUGAUAUCUGCGAUCUCGCACUUGGGAGCAUUAGAAUUGGGUCGUUGGGUUCGGAUGUUUAUCGACAAGCUUGGCUUGGAAAUUUCUGUUGCUUUGGGCACUGCGCUUAUUGACAUGUUCUCCAGAUGUGGCUCCAUUGAUGAAUCAGUUGUAGUAUUCGAAGAGAUGGCGGUGAGGAACGUGUUGACAUGGACCGCGCUGAUAAACGGGUUUGCAGUCCACGGGCGCAGUAGGGAGGCUUUGGCAGUGUUCCACAGCAUGAGGAAUUCAGGGGUGCAGCCAGAUUAUAUAACCUUCUCUAGUGUCUUAGUAGCUUGUAGCCAUGGCGGUCUUGUAAAAGAAGGUCGGGAUAUUUUCGAAACCAUUUCGAAGGAUUAUCAGAUGGUUCCUCAUCUAGAGAAUUAUGGCUGCAUGGUUGAUCUUCUUGGCCGUGCAGGGCUGCUGAAUGAAGCUUACGAAUUUGUGGAAAGAAUGCCAAUGAAGCCGAAUUCAAUCAUCUGGAGGACCCUUCUCGGAGCAUGUGCGAAUCACAACGAUCUUGAUAUAGCUGAGAAGGUGAAGGCGAAGAUCUCCGAGCUAAACUCGUCGCACGAUGGCGAUUUUGUGCUUCUAUCCAAUGUGUAUGGAGCAGCUGGUAGAUGGGUAGAGAAGACAUCGGUGAGGAGUAGGAUGAGAAGCAAAAGAAUAGGCAAAGAACCUGGCUGUAGUUUGAUUAAUAUAGACCAAGCGACUCACGAGUUCGUUUCUGGGGACGAUUCUCAUCCACAGUCCGAGGAGAUAACGAAGUUCUUGAGCUCGAUUAUUGGGGAUCUAAGAAACAGCGGUUACACGCCUCGCACGGAAAAUGUACUACACGAUAUUGACGAGGAAGAAAGAGAGCAUUCCUUGAGUUAUCACAGUGAGAAAUUAGCUGUGGCCUUUGCUCUUCUUAGUUUGAAAGAUAAAAGGACGAUAAGGAUCAUGAAGAAUCUUAGAAUUUGUCAUGACUGUCAUUCGUUUAUGAAACAUAUUUCAGACAAGUAUGAGAGGAAGAUAAUUAUUCGGGAUCGCAAUCGAUUUCAUCAUUUUGAUAAAGGGUCAUGUUCAUGUCGUGAUUAUUGGUGAAAAUUUUCCCUUGAG